AAUCUGUAGUCCUACUUACCCUUCUGGUGAGUUUAGACAGAAACCAUUUUUGUCAUAGAUGCACUAUUAAGGUCAUAUAGCUAUAUUUUUUGUAUUGCAGCAUUGUUUGCAAGAUGGCAGGGAGGUGUUUUGGGUCAAAUGCUUAGGAACCAUAUUUGUCUCCGCGGGAUGUAAGCUAGGAAGAAAAUAAUUGGAAUAACUCCAGUGCGAAACCCCCACAGUCGCAACCAUGUCUGGGGCCUCGGUGAAAGUUGCGGUGAGAGUGCGGCCCUUCAAUUCGAGGGAGAUCAGCAAAGAUUCCACAUGCAUCAUUCAGAUGCAAGGCAAAACCACCACUAUUCAGAACCCCAAAAACCCCAAAGAAGCACUCAAGUCCUUCAACUUUGACUACUCCUACUGGUCGCACACCUCCCCGGAAGACCCAAGCUUCGCCUCACAGUGUCUUGUGUUCAAUGACAUUGGCAAAGAGAUGCUCCAGCAUGCCUUUGAGGGCUACAACGUCUGUAUCUUCGCCUACGGCCAGACGGGCUCGGGAAAGUCCUACACCAUGAUGGGCAGACAGGAAGACAGUCAGGAAGGCAUCAUACCUCUGCUCUGCGAAGAUCUGUUUGAGAAAAUUAAUGACAACAACAAUGAAGACAUUUCUUUCUCAGUGGAGGUCAGCUACAUGGAGAUCUACUGUGAACGUGUGCGGGACCUGCUCAACCCCAAGAACAAGGGCAACCUGCGCGUGCGUGAGCAUCCUCUGCUGGGGCCCUAUGUGGAGGACCUGUCCAAGCUGGCGGUCACCUCCUACACUGACAUCGCCGACCUGAUGGACGCUGGAAACAAGGCCAGGACGGUGGCCGCCACCAACAUGAACGAGACCAGCAGCCGCUCGCAUGCCGUCUUCACCAUCGUCUUUACGCAGAAGAAGUACGACAUUGAGACCGACCUCUCCACCGAAAAGGUCAGCAAAAUCAGCUUGGUGGAUCUGGCGGGCAGCGAGCGCGCUGACUCAACAGGGGCCAAGGGGACCAGGCUAAAGGAAGGAGCCAAUAUUAACAAAUCAUUGACAACACUGGGGAAGGUUAUCUCUGCAUUGGCCGAGGUGGAUAACUGUACCAGCAAGAGCAAGAAGAAGAAGAAGUCAGACUUCAUCCCCUACAGAGACUCUGUGCUCACAUGGCUGCUGCGAGAGAACUUGGGUGGGAACUCCAGAACCGCUAUGGUGGCUGCCCUCAGUCCCGCCGACAUCAACUACGACGAAACCCUCAGCACCCUGCGGUAUGCAGACCGUGCCAAGCAGAUCAAGUGCAACGCCGUCAUCAACGAGGACCCCAACAACAAACUCGUGCGCGAGCUGAAGGACGAGGUCGGCCGCCUGAAAGACCUGCUCCGUGCCCAGGGCCUGGGCGAUAUCCUGGAUAUGGACCCAAUGGGGGAUGAGUGCCCGGGAGGUGGAAGCAAAUGUGACAAUGUUAAAUCUCUUCUGAUUACUCAAAUGGAGGCCAUGAGCUACAGAAGGACAGCACCUAUGGGCUCCCUGACAGCCUCCCCGUCCUCUGGCUCACUCUGCAGCCAGGUGGGCCUGACGUCCGUCUCCAGCAUCCAGGAGCGCAUCAUGUCCACGCCGGGAGGGGAGGAGGCCAUCGAGCGGCUCAAGGAAUCAGAGAAAAUCAUCGCAGAGCUUAAUGAAACUUGGGAGGAGAAGCUUCGCAAGACAGAGGCCAUCCGCAUGGAGAGGGAGGCCCUCCUGGCAGAAAUGGGCGUGGCAAUCCGAGAGGACGGGGGAACGCUUGGCGUAUUCUCGCCUAAAAAGUUAUAUCCUGAAAGGCCAACUUCACUGUUUGGUGAAGACUUUGAUAGUUUUCCAAUGGACAAGCUUUUGGUAGAGAGACCAUGCGAUCUCUACACAGACUUUAAUGGGGUGUUUUCACCCAAGAAGACUCCACACCUGGUCAACCUGAACGAGGACCCGCUCAUGUCAGAGUGUCUACUAUACUACAUCAAAGAUGGCAUCACAAGGGUGGGCCAGGCUGACGCAGAGAGGCGCCAGGACAUUGUUCUGAGUGGAGCCCACAUCAAAGAAGAGCACUGCAUCUUCUGCAGUGAGAGGAACGCCAACGGGGAUGGUAAAGUUAUCGUCACGUUGGUGCCCUGUGAGGGAUCUGAGACGUACGUCAAUGGCAAACGCGUCAUUGAUGCCAUACAGCUGCGCUCAGGAAACCGCAUCAUAAUGGGCAAGAACCACGUGUUCCGCUUCAACCAUCCGGAGCAGGCGCGCGCCGAGAGGGAGAAGACCCCGUCAGCUGAGACCCCUGUGGAGCCUGUGGACUGGACCUUUGCUCAGAGGGAGCUGCUGGAGAAACAAGGCAUUGACAUGAAACAGGAGAUGGAGAAGAGGUUGACUGAAAUGGAGAUCUUGUAUAAGAAGGAGAAAGAAGAGGCAGACCAACUUCUUGAGCAACAGAGAUUGGACGGCGACUCAGAUAGUGGCGAUGACUCUGAUAAGCGCUCGUGCGAGGAGAGCUGGCGACUGAUUACCUCCCUGCGGGAGAAGCUGCCGCCCAGCAAGCUGCAGAGCAUAGUGAAGAAGUGCGGGCUGCCCAGCAGCGGGAAGCGCCGCGAGCCCGUCAAAAUGUACCAGGUCCCCCAGCGCCGCCGGCUCACCAAAGACUCCAAGUGGACCACCAUCUCAGACCUGAAGAUCCAGGCGGUGAAGGAGAUCUGCUACGAGGUGGCGCUGAACGACUUCCGCCACAGCCGGCAGGAGAUCGAGGCCUUGGCCAUCGUGAAGAUGAAGGAGCUGUGCGCCACCUACUGCAAGAAGGACCCCAACGAGCGGGACUCGUGGCGGGCUGUGGCGCGUGACGUGUGGGACACGGUCGGGGUGGGCGGCGACGAGCGCAUUGAGGACAUGAUGCUGUCCAAUGGGCGGGGGGUCCACGACAUGGACGACCUGAAAGUGCACAUCGACAAGCUGGAAGACGUCCUUCAUGAGGUGAAGAAACAGAACAACAUGAAGGACGAGGAGAUCCGUGCGCUCCGCAACAAGAUGGUCAAGAUGGAGAAGGUCCUGCCACUCAUCUCCAAUAGUGGGGAGACAACGGACAAGCCUCCUGUUCAGGGCAUGCGUAUGCGCAGCUCCAGCGAGGGCAAGGCUCCAAUGGACACCAGGAUGGACAGAGGUCCAGAGAACUUCUAUGACGAGGAUCGUGCAGUCAAGCCUGGUGGAGGGGAGGAGGAGCAGCGCAGCCGCCUGCGGUGGAUGCGUCAGGAGCAGGCGCGCCUCAAGAGCCUCCAGCAGCAGGAGAUCACCAGGCAGCUGCGCCGGCAGAGCGGCCCGCACCGCUUCAUCCCCCCCGAGGACCGCAAGCUGCGGUUCCCCUUCAAGAGCAACCCCAAGCACCGCAACUCCUGGAGCCCCGGCACGCACAUCAUCAUCACCGACCAGCAGGUGAUCGAGCUCAAGGUGCCCAAGGAGGCCGUGCCAGAGGAGGACGACGACGGCACCGAUGCAGAAGGAGUAGGAGUAGGAGUGGAAGUGGCAGCAGGAGGAGAAGAGGGUGCAGAGCCCAAGGAGAGGCGGCCGAUCGUGGUCCAGUCUUACCCCUCACCUGUGCCCAGCCCCAUGCCUCACAGGAGGGGCAGCAGAGAUCUAGGGCAGAGCCAGAGUCAGACUGAGGGCCACAGGCACAGCUACAGGGGCCAGGGGCCGCACGGGCGGAGCCGCAGCAACUCCUUCAACAGCAGCCAGCGCCCGGCCAGCAGCCAGCGCCCGGCCAGCUUCAUAGAGUCCCUGCCCAGUGGUGGCGACAGGAGGUCCCAGCAGCAGCAGCAUUACCAGCCACGCCACCACCAAAACCAGUCUCCUGUGCCCCACCAGCACCAGCACCAUCACCACCAUCAACAACAACAACACCAUCAACAACAACAACAACACCACCAGCAGCAAUACCAGCCCUACCACCACCACCACCCACAAAAAAAUGGCCACUUCCAGGGCCAGCACCAGCAUCCCCACCCCGACCAGCCACCCCACUACAACAGCUUCCACACUCCGCCCCGCAUGCGUCGGCAGCUGUCCGCCCCCAACCUGAAGGCCAGUAGGGAAACGACAGUGUGAGACAGAGGGCACGCUGCUGGGGAAACUGGACACGGGCCCAAGUGCUAGAUUAGAGAAUCUUUUCAUUCAGACACAUAUAUACAUACUGACACACAGUUACACAUACAUCAUAUACACACAAACACACCGAUGCUCAAACGAACAACCACAAGCAACCAUGGCCACUACUUCAUAGAGAGUGUGAAUCAUCGCAUUGGACGGCUUGUCCUCAUUGAAUUAAACCAUGCUACAACCGUGGCUUUCUUUUGUACUUGAACGGUAAUUUUUGGUGUUUUGGUUGGUUCGCAUUACAGCUGUAUGCGACAGUCUCGGCUUCAGUGUUGUACUCGAUUGUUGCUCCCCCAUUCAAAUCUCGGCUCUGUUGCAGUGCUUGUGGCUCAUGCAGUGAGCGCGAGAGCACGUUUUGAAGGGAUGCAAAUUAACAGGUGACAAACAGAUGAGAUGUUGUAAUGCCUGGAUAUACUUUAUCUUUUUUUUUAUACCGAAACCUGAGGAUCAAUGUCACCAUUGUUUUAUUUACCCCAUGAAAGACAUUUUUCAACUGAUUUUAGUCAUCAUGAAAUGAGUCAUCACCUGCAUUGUCAUCCUCCAUUUUGAUCUGCCUCCGAAAAGAGUAGAGGUGUGAUUGAUGCUCUUGGGUCCAAGAGUGGAUGUUUUGGGAUUAUCACUCGGUGCUUAAAAACAGGCCCUGCAAAGUAAAUCCCUUGUUCAGCCAAGUCAUUUCAUUUGAAUGUUAUGGUCAAAAAUAUCAUGUUUUUGCUAGAUUCAAUCAUUCUUGUCCCGAAGAUUUCCACAACUAUCAUUGUAAUAGCUGCCCAAGAACUUCAAGGAAAGAAAAGCCACAACUUAGUGUUUUUUAAUGUUUAGUACUAUUUUAUUGUUACUGAGAUGCAGCCUACUCAAAUGUAUGUUUGUUCACUUUCUCAUGACAGCUAUUUUAAUUCACUGUGGUUACUGAUACUCUGGUGGCCUUGGCUUAUUCAGGAGGCCUUUAAAAAAAACUGAGAUUCUUAGACUGAAAAAUAGGAAAGCUAUGCGCUUAAUACCUGCCUUCUGGAAAUGAAUGAAGGAUAUUAAGGAGGUGCUUAAGGAAAGAGAUCAAAAAGUGCCUUAUUGACUCACUAAUGUACCGUUAACCUUAUGGAUAGU